AUGCUCAUCCUUUUCGUACUACACGCCUUCCCUCAAUACGCGCCAGACGAUGAUGCGGCACAAUUGAUUGGCCAGUCCGAUCUACAUGGAUUUUACCCGGUUGCUUCGGAGGGCAGUGACGGCCGCCUGAAACGGGCAAUGUUUGUGGCUCGUAUCGGGAAACGAGUCGUCAAGAGACCAUCAUAUUAUGCGGCUAGAAUUGGCAAG